GCCGUGUUUUGGCGGGCUUGAUGGUGAUGGAGCAGAGCAGACGGUGUUCGAAUGAAAUCAGGAGGAGGAGAGAAAGAAAGUAGAGCCACGGAGAGGAGGAGAGGGAGGAGAGGAAGAAAGUAGACCCACAGAGAAGAGGAGGAGAGAGGAAGAGAGCGAGAGCAGAUGAUUGUCCUUGACUCAGAGUAACGGAACAUUUCAUAGUGAAGAGAAGGAGGAGGGAGAGGGGGAAGAGGACCGAGAAGGACAGGAAGAGCGUCAAAUCUGAGGAACCGGUUCUGCAUCGCUCACCGAAGUACCGAGCGGAAUCACCCCGCCUCCUGCGCAUCAUCCGCGGCUCCGCAUCGCUGCGGCCGGCCCUCAUCAUCCAGGUAAACAGACCCACACCUCAAAACAAACCCCAUUAGAUUUGCAGAAUUAUUUUAUUCUACCUCUGUUGCUCUGAAAGGUAGAAAAUGUCCACACGUGUGUGGGCUUUAAGGUUGUUUGUGGGAGCUGGUCGUCUGUAUGAGCGGGGUGUCCCGGCUAUUGGUUAUUUUGACGCAAUAGAAGCAGAGCAUCACUAAUAGAGCCAGCUGUACAAAACGAGCGUUUCUCUGCCGUGUUCUGUAAUCACGAUUCCAAACUUCAUAUUGAAUCUGGCCGUUUGGAGCGCACAUUGUUCGCCUCCUGACAUGACUGGGUGCCUCUAAUUCAGCCUGUCAUCACGUCUGUGUGAAGAAUAAGCCGUUAGUACAGAUCUAUUUCCACCUCUCUGCCUGUUUAUCUGUGAGCUGAGAAUCAAGCAGAAAAUGUACGGGGUUUGGUUUAUGCUGCUGCUGCCAGGAGCUGUUUGUAUGUAAAGUAAUGUGAUGUAACCUACGAAGCCCUGGUGGUCAAAGCGGGUCCUUCUUCUGUUUUAGCUGCAUGCAGGUAUCACUGUGUCUAAAGGAGGUCUUUGUAGGCUUUUUCAGUCUGAACCAGUAUGAACAGAUGUUUGGGUUCAUUCUGACUAUGCAUGUUGGAGUGUUUUUUUUUUUUCCCAAAUUUACCUGUGACUCUUAUUUUGACACAGAACAUCAGAUUCUACCAUAAAUAAUAAUAACACUGAUUUGUUUUUAAUGGACACAGUCUGUUUGUGACUCUUUAAAAUACCCCUAAUUCAGUGGGCACGCUCUUUGAAGCUCUUUGUUGGUGAAUGUGCUGUCUUUGAAUGAUCUAAACCAUCUCUGUCACUUUCUGCAUGUUUUCUGAGUUUUAUGCUUUAUCAAAAUUAUAAAGGUGUCCUCAUUCAUGUUAGUCUGAUGGUGCUCAUUUAAGACGGAGGAUCAUCCUUUGUUCUACACUCUGUUUUCCACACUGUACAGAAUUUUAAAUUAGCUAUAUUUCUGUUAGCGUUUAAAACAUUAUUGGUUUGUUGACACCUGAACCUGCAUGAGUUUUUUAUGUCCUUUAUGGAUAAUCAACUCCUGAGUACUUGUAGUUAUCUGCUGAUCACAUGAUUUUGUUAAAUACCAUCCUCACAGCUUUACCUUUCUACAGUGGCCUGUUUGUCGCCAUGGUCCGUCAUAGAGCUGGGCGAUUAAUCGUUUUAAUUUCUAUUUCGACUUUGUCUCCCUACGUUUAUAAAGAUUUGCCGAUCAGGAUGGAACUAUAUUAUAUCGCCUGCUGUGUUGCUGUUACGCCUUACACUAACAGCCUACGGCUACGCUGAAUGAAUUGCACUCUCCCUCUCCUCACUAACAGCAGAGCGUGGGCGUGGCCCUGCCCCUCAAACAACUUUACAUUCAUCAGCAGCAGCUCAGACCAAUGAGGAACAAAGUUUGGGAGAAAGAGUAAGUUACUGCUCAACUAAGAUUAAUGAAGGACUGCUGAAGGAGAAGGAGAGAGAGGAGCAGGAGGAGAGGGGAGACCAGAGAGCGGACCAGGAGGAGAGAAGAGAGCAGAAAGAGGAGCAGGAGGAGAGAGGAGAGCAGAUAGAGGAGCAGGAGGAGGAGAGCGGUGAGUGUCUAAACAGCAGAGGGACAGACUGAGUAUCAGGAGAGAGGCUGUAUUGAUCCUGAGCUCUAACCAGAAAACGACUUCAGGGCCAAACAGUGAGAGACAUCGUCCUGAAUCAUGAUAAAAUUAAAGUCUUGAGAUUCUGAAGGAGGUUUUUUUUAAAGCUUAAAGAGAGACCCCCCCUUUAUUCUCCGCUGUCUGCCUCCUCAUGGCUGCAGCUAUGGAUGGACGGAUGUAUGGUGGAGUCAGAUAGAUCAGACUGAGUCUGAGCUUCAUAAAGUCUCUGAGAGAAACAGUGAAGCCUUUCUCUGUGCCAGAGCACAGCUCUGUCUGUAGAUCUCUUAACAGACAGGGUAGAGGUCAAUGGUCAAAUCUCCCUGUUACACUCUGAUAGCUACUCCUGAUAUAGGCCACAGCACCCAUAAGUGACCCGCUCUUCCCCUGUGCCGCUACAGACUGUCAGAGAGAUGUGCUGAUAUGAAGCUGGAGGAGAGAGGAGUCUUUGUUGUGACUGCAGAGAUCAGACUGAAAACUGAUGUACAGCUGAGUCUGAGGCCACUUUUAGACAGAAACGGUCUUCAUAGAAAACAGAAAAAUUUCGUUUCGUUUAGGGGGGUCCGUUAAGACGGCAACUGUUUUUUCCGGCGAUGAAAACGUAACAAAGUGAUUCAGAGUGGAAAUGUUGUAAAUGCUCUGCUAGUCCCGCUUUCGUCUAAAGUACAAAAACGCUGAAAACGGUCAAACCUGUGAGGCCAUGGCUCACGUCGGUUUAUGACAUCAUAGCCAUGUGCAGCUUCCUUGAAAAUAACAACAACAACCAUGCUAGACAUUCCAGUUGCGCUGUCCUUAUUAUUAAACGGGCAGGAGCUCAAUUUUGACUUGUACAGAAUCGUCACGAAUCAUACUGCUCAGCAGAGGAGGCGUCUGAAUUAUUUGCAUCAAAUAAUUAAUGUAGAACGGAAAUUGUUCUACGUAUGCGUUGUUGGUCUCUAUGGGAGCGCGGUCACACCGACACGCGCCACCUAGCGACCUGGCAUGCACAUUACAGCGUUUUCAACCACAUUGCAUUUUUGCGUAAACACAGCAUAAAAACUGAAAACGAAACAGCACUUUUCUGUUUUCUAUGGAGACCAUUUCCAUCUAAAGGUCCUUACACACCAAGCGCGAAUUCGCCAGGCGAAUAAUUCGCCUUUUUUUAAAACAGCAUAAAGUCAAUGCAAGCUUCCACACCGGAAGCGAUUUUUAUGCGGGGCGAAAAGCCGCUUUUAUUUUUUCGCUCUUGUGUCGAAUUUUUCGGAUAUUCGCAGGCGAAUAUCUGGACCUGCUAGACUUCUGGCCAAUCAAAAGUCAUGUUUUUGAUGACGUCACAGACCCAUACGGCUGGAGGAGAGGGAGAAGUUUGAGAUUAUGAAAACGCAGAGAAAGACAGCUGAGGUGCACCCAAAACUCUUUCUAAUUACUAAUGAAGUAGUUUCCUCACAAGAUGACACUCUCUUGUCUUCCUUAGGGGAUUGGUGUCAUGCACACUUCACAGGGUGACCGCCUCAUCAUGCCUGAUUCUCCCUCUUAGCUGUUUGACAUGCCGAUGAUCUGCAGCUAUAGGGCCAACAGAAUGACCAGACAACUUGAAGGAUCACUGCUCAGCCCUCGCCUCUCCUGGCUGCUGCGGUGUCUCUCACAGCUUUUCCUCCUCUUUCUCCCUUGCUCAUAUUGCUAGACAUGUCAAUCAGCACCCAUUCACACGACACACACCACCACUAGCACCAAGAGCAACGAUGGGAGAGAGGCUGGUCAUUGCGGUACAGGACCACCCCGCAUCUCCUCUCCUCCGCUUUGCAAAAAAUAUACGCAUAUUCGCUUCGCGGCCGGUGUGUAUAGGCGAAAGCGAUUUUUCGGACGGUGAAUAUUCGCAAUUUUCGUCUCGCUUUUUUGCUUCGCUCCGCAAAUUCGCCGGUGUGUAAGGACCUUUAAAGUGACCUGAGAGUCUGAGGACUUCAGCACCUUUAAAUCAGACUCAGACUUCACUAAGUCCUGCUCAAACACAGUCUUGCCCUGCUCGCUCUGAUGCUCCACCUCAACACCUCCUCUCCUAUCAUGUCUGUGUUUCAGGAAUGUUAAUGCUGACUCAAAAUGAUUUAUUAAAAGAGCUCAAUGAAAAAAACAACAGAAACUUUCCUCAAAAUGUCAAACUAAAAAAUCCAACAAAAGGCACUGCGGCAAAAAACACAAGGAGACAAGAGCUACACACAUCGAGGAUCACAGUGAACUGGCAGACACACACCCAUGCACGCACACACUGGGAAACGAGCAACAGGUGAGGCAGAUGAGACACAGGUGAAAGUCAUGGGUGGUCAACAAGGCGGGAAAACUAGGGAAGUAAAACCGGACUAGAAACACAAGGAAUCAACUACUACAAAAUAAAACAGGAAACACAAGGAAUCAACCACUACAAAAUAAAACAGGAAAUAAACACUGAAAAGUGAUCGAAAGAAUAAAACGCAGAGAAGGUGAGAGAAAACAGGGUCAAAGACAAACUGAAAACUCACAAGACCGAACUACAGGGGAACAUGAACACUUGGGAAAAUACACAGAAAAUACACUUGGAUAACAAAACCAGGGAAAAACUAAAUCAACAGAACACAUCCUGACAAUAGUCUCAUUUCUGUUAUUAUCUGGUUAUGCUAAAUAGAGACUGCCAUCUUUGUUUUGGUCUUUCAACCAAGCACAGGCUGUAUCUAUCUAGGUCUAGCCCAAAGCCAAUCCUCCCAUCUCAGCAGAGCAGAAAAUCUACAAGAAUUGAUUAAACCUCCUUUGGGGGAGUUUUUGAUGGUAAUGACACUAAAGUUCAUUUUGAUUCUUUUGUUGUGACAUACAGAAGAAAAUCAGACCACUAAAGAGAAGACUGAUGACUUUUUUUAUUGUAGUUUUAACUGCCUGGAACUGAUGUCUUUGUCCCACUCAGUCUGUUCUGAUCAGCUCGUCCUCACUUUGACUGUCAGAUCAUCACCGGCCCCUCCUCCACAGGGGUUCUGUCUUUGCUGGCGUCUGACUCUGAAGUCAUGGUGUCUGGGUCUGUCUCUCUGGAGAGUCCAGAUGGCCAGUGGAGUGCAGUUUUGUCUGUGUCUUUUAAGUGACACAGAGAGAAUCAGGAUCAUAGUGAGCCCCUCUCAGUGUGUUGAUAGUGUGGAGUAGACCCUGCGUGAAUGUUGUGGUUUAAAUUCUGUUUCCCUGCUAAACUGUGGAGAAGAUUGAGUCACACAGACAGGAAAUAUAACUCGAAAAUCUCUAAUGACUUACUCUUUGUGUAGAUUCAUGCUGACUUGAGGACCCUGAUGGAUCUCAGCAGUCUUCAAUGACAAAGUCUUCUUAAGAAUAAGAAUAAGAAUAAGAAGAACUUUAUUGAUCUCCGAAGAGAAAUUCAAUUGUCUGUUGUCUCACAUAACAUGUCCCUAAAAGCUAUCUAUUAUUUACAUAAGAGUUAUAAAGCGUGAUGGCUGUUGGUACAAAAGAUCUUCUGAAUCUUUCGUUCCUGCAGCGAAGAGAGAGGAGCCAUUUCAUUUCUUCUGGUCUAAAAAGAUUAAAAGUGUGUCUGUCAGAGUUUGGCAUGGCUUCUUCUUCUUCUGAUGUUUUUCGCGAGUUGCUGUUACACAGAGUUUCAGUGAUAGAUGAUAAAAACAAGUUCUGCUGUUUAUAAGAAAGCUCAGACUUUGGGGUCAACAAACUGAAAAAAGUCCACCGAUCAGAUGUUUUGAAAUCCAUCAUUAUAAACAGGAACUGAAAGACUUCAGGCCCAGAACUGGGAUGUCCCUGCAGAUCCUCAGUCUGCCUCUCUGUGGUCCUCCUGUGUGCAGAAAUGGUUUGAUGUCUGCAGUCAGGACAGGAAGUUAACAUUAAUAGUGGGGGUCAGAGGUCACAUAGCCCAUGAUGUAAAUGCUGCCAUACAGUGAGAAACCCCUCGUUGCGUUGUGCAUUCCAGGGUGGGGCUGAAUUAAACAGUUGUUCCGCCCACUUUCCCCUACACACCAGUUUAGUGUGUCUGCUGUAGUCCUGUCCUCCUUUUCCUCUGAGAGCUGCUUCAAAUUGUGGACCGUUAGAAAAUUAAAAAUUAAGAGUGAAGUAUUUAGAAAUUUUUUGAUUGAUAAAAAUCAUAAGAUUUGAACUCUUGAGUACCCGAACAGAAACCCUGUAAGAGUUUCAUCAGUUUGACCUUAAUUUUAACAGGCAGAUCUGUUUGUGUUUCUGUCCUUUGCUGGAUCUAAACACUCUCAAUCAGACACACAAACGCUCUGUAGAUGUGUAUUUUUCUGAGUGUUGCUAUCACUUCAGAGAAAAAUCCCUCUGUUAAACAGGGAGUAAUAGAAGCCCUAUUGUUCUGUGAUGACACACACACGCACACACACACUAACACAAACACACACACAGUGAUCGUGUGGUCAGAUGAAGUCACUCUGUUCUGAUGUGAGAGAAUGAAACUAAUCUCUGCUCAGACUCUGUGGUGUGUUUUGGUGUUGGUGGUGGUCUGGGUCCUUCAGCAGCAGUUUGAUGACACAGUCGUAAAGAACGGGUUGUUCAAACCUGCUGAUUGGUCGCUUGGGGACAAAUAAAGUUUUUUAAAUCUGAAUGUGAUGUUUUAAGACGGGUGUAAAGAUGCUGCUCAAGAUCAUCCAAAAAGGAGAGAUGAGAUAUUUUCGUCUUAAAGAGUGUUUAAGAGUGUUUUGUACCCUGUUUUAUUAUAUAAAAUCAUACCAUACUUUGACAUUUAUCAUAUAUUAUAUCCUUUAUUGUCCUUUUUCGUAUUGUUUUGUAUUAUUUUACAUUAUGUCAUUAUAUAUCAUAUCAGACCUGGAACAUUAUCAUAUCAUGUCAUAUCAUAUCCUGAGUGGUUUUUUUUUACCCUAUUUUAUCAUAUUAUACUUUAACAUUUAUCAUAUAUUAUAUUAUCUUGUCAUAUAUCAUAUUGCUUUGUAUUGUUUCACAUCAUGUCAUAAAUCAUAUUGUUUUUGUCUUGUUUCACAUCAUGUCAUAAUAUCAGACCAUGAACAUAAUCAUAUCAUGUCAUAUCAUAUACUGGGUGUUUUUUUUACCCUAUUUUAUUAUAUGAUAUCAUAUCAUACUUUGACAUUUAUCAUAUAUUAUAUCCUAUCCAAGAGACAUAAAAGCAAUCCUUAACCAGAAAAAGAAAGCUUUUAAAGAUGGUGACAAAGAACAACUUAAACAAGUUCAACAAGAGUUGAAGAGGAGACUGAAGAUGUACAAAAAGAAGAUAGAGAAGUAUCUACAACACAGCAACAUCCGUGAAGUGUGGAGAGGAAUCAGUACCAUCUCUGGACACAGCAAUAAAAAGAAAAGACAGCCAGUGGUGGGUGAUGUGAAAAGAGCUGAUGAACUUAACCUGUUCUUCAAAAGGUUUGACACUGCUGUCACACCCACUCCCACUGCUACUCCACCUUCCUCUACGCAACAAAUCUCCACUACAACUUCUCUCCUUCCUCCUCCAUCUUGUUCAAAUGUCUCAACCACUUCAACUGCCUCCCUCCUAGAACACCAGUCCUUGUCUGUCACCGAAACAGGGGUGAGGAUGGAACUUAGAAGACUUUGUCCUGGGAAGGCAGCUGAUCCAGAUGGUGUGUGUCCAAGGCUGCUUAGAGACUGUGCUGCAGAACUGUGUCAACCUCUCCACAGGAUCUUCAACCUGAGUCUACAGCUGGGGCGGGUACCUGCUCUGUGGAAAACAUCCUGCAUUGUGCCAGUACCAAAAACAAAAUGUCCUGCUGAACUCAAUAACAACUACAGACCAGUGGCCCUCACUUCACACAUCAUGAAAACCCUGGAGCGGCUGAUUCUACGCCUUCUGAGGUCUGAGGUCAAAGACUCCCUGCAGUUUGCAUAGAAAGAACACAUUGGAGUGGAUAAGUAGUAAGACGCUGCAGAUGUUUUAUCAGUCUGUGGUGGCAAGUGUUCUGUUCUACGCUGCAGUCUGCUGGGGAGGAAGCAUCAAACACAAAGAUGCAAAACAUUCUCAUAAACUGGUGAAAAAAGCUGGCUCUGUGGUAGGACUCAAGCUGGACUCAGUGGAGGAUGUGGUGGAGAGAUCUACACUGAGGAAGGUGGAGACUAUUCUAAAGAACAUGGGUCACCCACUUCACAACACCUUGAUGGACCAAAGGGCAAAUGGUGGUGGACGGCUCCUCUCUCUUUGCUGCAGGACAGAAAGAUUCAAAAGAUCUUUUGUACCAACAGCCAUCAGGCUUUAUAACUCUUAUGUAAAUAAUAGAUUACUUUUAUAGAUAUAUCACAUGAAACAACAGACAAUUGAAUUUCCCUUUGGGGAUCAAUAAAGUUCUUCUUCUUCUUCUUCUUAAUGUCAUACAUCAUAAUGUUUUGUAUGGUUUCAUAUCAUGUCAUGUCAUUAGGUAUCAUAUUAAACCAUAUACAUUAUCAUAUCAUUUUUUAUCAAAUCAUACUUUGACAUAAAUCAUAUGGCUUACUCUUUGUCAGACAUUUUGUUAUCCAUGGUGCGUGCAUUAUUGCUCUUCUAUAUUACACAGUAUUGCAGUGUGUAAUGUUGUGUUGUGUUGUGCUCCCAUAUCGCCAUAUUCUUUUGUACUGUAUGAUUUUUAAAGGUCCCCUCUGAUGAGGUUGUGAUGAACGAGUUAUUUGUUUCUGUGUCACAAUGUAUCAUAUUGUUUGAAUAGUGUUGUAUCUAUCAUAUGGUGUUGUAUCUGCGGUUUCCCUGUGAUUGCCCUGAUCAUCAUCACCAACACCUUCCUGCUGUCUGAGGUGACUCUGUUCACCUUCAGGUCAGACGGGGGUCAGCCAGCUCUGCUCUGAAACACUGCUCUCUACUGAGUUAGCACGCAUCAAUAAUACAGCAGAGCAGCCUGGAGGAGGGGGGGCAUACACACACACACACACACACACACACACGCACGCACGCACACACACACACGCACGCGCACACACACACACACACACACACACUGUAGAGCGUCUCCAGGUCAGAGCUCAGAUUUAGCUCAACACAAAACUGAUGUAGAGCUCAUUUUACACUUGAUGGGAUACCAGAUCUCUGUGUGUGUGUGUGUGUGUGUGUGUGUGUGUGUGUGUGUGUGUGUGUGUGUAUGCAUGCGUGCGUGUGUGUAGUCAUGAUGUAGCAAAUGCCCACUCUGAGCUCUCUUUUGCUUCAUUUUUACUCUACAGAUUGUCUGUGAUUUAUACUUCUGUAUUUGCAUCUAUAGUUGUGAUCAGCUGCAGCCCUGUCUGCUGCUGCUGCCUCUCUUAGGUGUUUUCAGCAGACUUCUAACUGGCUGCAGUCGGGGUUUAUGCCCUCUGCUUCAAGGACUGAUGUGUGUCUCAGUCUGUCUUUGCUCCUGCUAAACUCGAAAUAAUGGCCAUCAGCCUCAGACCAACAGAAAGCGUCCUCAGAGAUGUUCAGAGAGAUUGAGUUUGUAUCAGGAAGGAGAGUUGGCAGAACGAAUGGACAUGUUGACAGGAGCUGGACAGAGACUGUCCAGGAGGUUUGACUGAUUUAAAUCUGACCUUUGGCCGAGCUCAUGUCCUUAAAAACCUUCCGAAUUCAUCACUCCUGUUUCUCUCUCUGUUUUUCUGACAGUUCGCUGAAUCUCAAACGUCCAGCACAGUAGUUUUAAUAUUUCAUGUUCUUCAGUCUGCAGCCUGUCAGAACUCCUGAAACACCCUCAGUGUCUGCAGGGCCAGCAGGUUAAGCAUUUUAAAAUAUUCAGCUCCUUUAAAAUUAAAGAUUGAAGCCUUUGUUUGAACAUGUCUUCAUAUGGACCACAGGCACUGUGAGAUAUGAGGAAGAGAGAGUUCAAAGGUCAGACAAAGACAGAAGGUCUGAAAAUAAGUUGAGCUGUCCCAGUGCACACUUCAAAAUGUUUUUAUUGUCUUUUACAGUCACUCUAAGUAAGUCAGUUACAGAAGCGAUUUGCAACUAAAUGAAAAUUGCAUCCAGGUCAUGGUUAUCCAAUUCUUGGUCCAGUUGCCCUUUAACGAGGAAUUCUAAAACCAUAAAAUAAAACAAGGAAAUGUAGAAAUAGCUGAUCCAAAAUGUUAAACUAUGAUAUUGUCAGUUUUAAGAUGUUUAGAGUAAGAUUUCUAUAAAUUGUGUUUAAGGGUAAACAUUUCUGACAGAAGUUGAAAUUGGUGAAAUUUAAUUCUGACCCGAAGUUUCCUUGAACAGUAAAUCCAUCACGUCCCUUUGGGGCCGAUGAAGUUUUUCUGCUCUAAUCUGGUUUGAUGUUGUCCCUGCAGACUCAGACGGACUACUGUUCCUCCUGUGAGAUCAGCUGAUCAGAUUUUAUCUGAUGAUGGAGAGCUUUGUGUUUCUGCUGCUGCUAAGCUCAGUGUUCCUGAAGGAGACCACAGGUAAGAUCCCCAAUACACACACACUCUAACACCGCCCAGCAAAUGUACAGGUGUGUGUGCAGAAUCAGUGUCUGGUGGUGAGCGUUUCUUGAGUUUAUUUGGAAAUCUCUGAUUAUAAGAGCUUUACUGACUCAGCACUUUUCACAACAAGGUAAAAAAUGCAGGUAGUAGGAUGGGUCCCUGAGGGACUCCACAGUUCAGAUCAACAGCAGGUAAACUGAUUUCUGUGGCUGACAGGUUUAGUUGGAUGGUUCUUUAAAGUUUCCAAGGUCAGUGUGUUUUCUGUUAUAUUUCAUCCAGUGUAGUUACAGUUUGUAGAAUAAGACUGUUUUCGUGCAGAGAGUAUCGUUGUAUCAGGGCUCUGACCUGAGGCGUUAGUGCGUCACAUGGGUGUGGUUCAUGUGGGCUCUUGUAAAAGGUUGAUGAUUGUUGUUUCAGACAGCACGUGGAAGGGGUUCAGGUCUCUCAGAGGGGGGGUGGGGGGGCGCUCCUCUCUCCUGGAGCAGUAAGAAAGCUCUGCUGGGAUAAAUGAUCCAUGGAGACAUGAUGUCAUUUAGGUCUGAGGAAGAGGCUGAAAUCUGCCGUCACUGGUCAUCAGCAUCCUCCUGAACACAGGAAACAGACUGUAUCAUGGUGCAGCUUCAUGACUGUGAGAGAGGAUUUGAAGGUUUUUUCUGUGUGUGUGUGUGUCUAGGAGGGGAUGUGUGUGUCUCUGGUCACGACAGCGGGCCAGUGUUUGAGAAACAGCCCAGCAGUUUAAUUUACCCAGAAGGCCUCAGUGAGGGAAAGGUGACCCUGAGCUGCCAGGCCCGAGCCAACCCUGCUGCCUCCUACAGGUGAGAAACACAUUCAUACAGAUUUACACACUUAAUCAUACACACUCACACAAUAAAAAGAAGGUAGUUUUCUGUCAAUGCUCUUUUCUUUUUUUAAAUGUGUGAAUUUGAAGUUCAUGGUCCGACAGAUAAACUAGUUUAGAUAAUCCCUAAUCCUCAAUCCCGGAGUCCUCCUAAACCAACUUUCCAUGAUUAGUCAUUCAGAUGAUGAGUCUGUUUUUCAUAGCACCACCUAGUGUCACACAUGGUAGUAGAGGAGCUCCUGCUUUCAGCUGCCCUGCUUUUUGCCCUGCAGGUGGCUGGUAAACGGCACAGAGGUCCCGUUGGGGUUGGAUGUGCGUUACACUCUGGUGGCAGGCAGCCUGGUGAUCAGCAGCCCUGAGUCCAUCAAAGACACCGGCUCCUACCAGUGCCUCGCCAUCAACCGCUGUGGGACCAUCAUCAGCCGGGCCGCCGUGCUGAAGUUUGGCUGUGAGUCUGCAGAAUUCAGAUUGUUUACCUUCCUGACUGAAAAUCGGCUGUUCAUGUACUGUAAUAUUUGCUCCUGUUUGUCCCUCCUGUGUUCCUGUAGACCUGGACGACUUCUCCUCAGACAGCAGGAGUCCUCAGACCGCAUAUGAAGGAGUGGGAACUUUCCUGGCCUGUCAGCCCCCUCCUCAUUACCCAGGUACACACACACACACACACACACACACACACACACACACACACACACACACACACACACACACACACACACACACACACACACACACACACACACACACAGAUUAAAUAAUAAGGCUCCUGUUAUAAGCUGUCUAUAGAUAAAAGACAGCUGAUUCAGAGUUUACAGGAAGAAGAAAUGUAAAAGGAUCAGGUUGGUCCUGAUCCAGGUCUUAGUGAUACUGUCUACACAGGUCUGUAAAGAUCUGGAUCAUGCUUUUAAAUUUACACACUGACAUAAAGGUACAAGGAUGAAUGUCAACGAAACACUGAGGCAGAAAGCUGCCAUGACGAAGAAGAGCGACACAUUAACUAACUUCAUAGCAUGGCAGCAGUAGAUAAAAAUUCUAGAAUGCUGGGUUCUGGAGGUCUUUUCCAGUCUCUUAAAGAGACGGUAGCUGGAAUGAGGUGUUUCAGUUAGAGGCUGAAAUGAGGGUUAGAUCCAAGAUCCCAGUCAAAGGCCAGGACCGAGUUUUGGGAUCUAGGUCAGGUAUAGAGACUCCAGAGCUCUCGGAGGGAGGACGGGUAGACUAAACAGGAACUGAACUCACUCUUUUGUCUACUUUUUAAAUCCUGAACCAGGUCUUUCACAGAGGGUAAUGCAGACUGUUUCCAUCCUUAAGGCUGAGCUUUGUCAGGGUGACCUGGAUUAACUCAGGACUUUAGUCUAUCACAGAAGUAUCACAUAUUUUUUUUCCCUCCUUCAGCUCUGUCUUACCGCUGGUUCCUGAAUGAGUUCCCAAACUUCCUGAAGAAGGCGGAUGGACGCUCGUUCGUGUCUCAGGUGACAGGGAACCUGUACUUGGCCCGAGCUGAACCCAACGACACGGGGAGCUACUUCUGCUUCACCACCGUCAACCUGGAGAUCAGCAGCAAGAGCACGUUCAGCCGCGCCAACCAGCUGACCGUGCUGCCCGAGGGUACAAAAUGAUCACCUGCUGCAGUUAUAGGGAGAGUCAGGAUGGAGGGGUUCUUUAAACCAGGCCAAGUUAUGGACUGUGUUUGGUUCAGGUGUCAUUAGAGGGUUAAAUAUGUCAGACAUAAAGGACGUGGAUUAACAGCUGAUAUUAUUUUUUUCAGCCAAUCCCAGGAAGUCUGCCCCGAGCAUCAAGGUGCGCUUCCCAGCAGAGACGUACGGGCUGGCAGGUCACACAGCUCAGCUCGAGUGCUUCGCUUACGGAAAGUAGGUUUUCCUUUGAGAUCAUUCUAAACGUCUGUUUUUCACUUUCAAAAUGUAUCUUCAUCUCUAACACGUCCUUCUUUUUCUCAGUCCGGUCCCAAAGCUGCGAUGGAGGAAGGUUGACGGUUUGAUGCCGUCUAAAGCAGGCUCUAGUGCUGAAGGUCCAACCCUGAUUCUGCCCGAUCUGUCUUUCGAUGAUGAGGGUGUGUAUGAGUGUGAGGCCUACAACUCUGAGGGAAGUGACACGUACCAGGGACGCAUCAAUGUGCAAGGUGGGGUACGCUGCAGUUAGGGUUAAUUUACACUGAGGUCAAAUCUCAGAGUUUCCCACACAGAAGAUACCCAAGGAGACCAACCAAAUAUAAUUAUGUCCAUUCAAGUAUAUCUUUGUCCAUUUUUUACAUGUUUUCUCCUCUUUAUUUUUGUCUUACCAUAACAGUAAACAUGCAUCACCUAUGUCUGUACUUUUUUCCCCAUUUAAACCCAUAAUAUUUGUAGAUAUGUUGUUUUUAAACAAUAGCCCUUUAAAUUGCCCUUGUGUGUCCUCACUGCAGCUCAGCCUGAGUGGCUGCAGGUGAUGAGUGACUCUGAGGUGGAGAUCAGCUCUGAGCUUCACUGGAGCUGUGUGGCCUCUGGGAAACCCAGACCGUCUGUACGCUGGCUACGCAACGGGCAGCCACUCAGCACACAGGUAACACACACACACACACACACACACACACACACACACACACACACACACACACACACACACACACACACACACACACACACACACACACACACACACACACACACAGUUAACAGACACUCACUAGCUCCCCUCUCUCCUCCCCCUCAGGACCGGGUGGAGGUGAACGGGCCUCGUCUUAAGAUCAGUAACCUGGCCCUGGAGGAUUCUGGGAUGUAUCAGUGUGUAGCCGAGAACAAACAUGGCACUGUCUACUCAACUGCCGAACUCAGAGUCCAGGGUAUCGAGAAAACCAGGAACACGCCACAUUAAUAUGAUAAUUAUGAUCAAACUGUUUGUCACAGUGAACUGAACUGUUAUUCCCUCUGCUGUUCCCUCCUGAACCCCACCACCACCACCACCUCUCCCCAGUCCAGGCCCCAGACUUCAGGUUAAACCCAGUGAAGAAGCUGAUCCCUGCAGCUCGGGGAGGUCAGGUGAUGAUCGAGUGUCGUCCUCGAGCCGCUCCGAAGCCCAGCCUGUUCUGGAGCCGAGGGACGGAGCUGCUCACCAACAGCAGCAGGUAAGACCACCUGAUCCCUAGACCUGAUUUGAGGCUUUAGGGACGUUACCACAAACCUUCAACCCUUUAAUAACAGAUUUCCUGUGUGGUCAGCAGGGGGAGCCCUUUAUUAUAUUCUCUGUAGUUAAGCCCAUCCAGCUGCACACCUGUAUGUCCAGUCUGUGCGCUUUAGGUCAGUGUUAUUAACUAACUGUGUGUGCUGGGGUGCCUUCAGAGUCACCGUCAGUCCAGAUGGAGUCCUGUGGAUCCACAAUAUUAGCCGAGCGGAUGAGGGCAAGUACACCUGCUUCGCUGAGAACUACCUGGGCAAAGCCAACAGCACGGGACACCUGUCUGUCAGAGGUACACACUAGACCGAUACACUUGUGUAUACAAUCUAAGGGUAUGUGUGAAACACUGUUCAGAGUUUGUUAUCCAACAUCCAAAAGCCAGCCUGGAGAAGUUAACCUGUAAUGACACAAAUCAACCACUGGGUGGCAGACUCAAAAAGGCCUGUCUGUGCGGGUGAAUAGGAGAUCUACAGUUUUAAAUUUCUGUUUGCGCUUAAAUUCUGAGAUAGUGUUUUCAGCUGAAAUAAGACAAAGUGAAGACAAAACAAAGCCUCCAGAUAAUUAUUGUUACAGUGAGUCUCUCUGCUGGACAAAGAGAGAAAAAGCUGCUGAAAUUUAAAAAAAUACUGUUUGUUAAGAGUAAGAAAGAGACAGAAUCUUGUGUGUUCACCAGAUGGUGCUAACAAGGUUUUAGUCUUAUUCAUAAAAUCACUCAUAAGAAAUAAAAUGGAGAUAAAUAUUCUCAGAAUAUUUAUAAAAAUCAUAAUAAUAAAAUCACUUCUUUCCUGCAAAUAGACAGACAUGUAGAGGAGGGUUCAACUUGUAAUGACCUCAAUCUGCCACCAGGUGGAGCCCUGCCUAUGAUAACCUGUGAAUAUUCUCCUUCGUGUCUUCGCUGUUUAAAAAAGGACGUGAAUUAAAUUUUUUAAUUUUCAUAAUUACGAUCAUCUGAGGAAUUGAAAUCAGGAUGAUAAUCACAUGAAUGUCAGGAUGACUCCUGUGACUGUGGACUGAAACUCUGGAUCUUCCUCCUGAGAGGUUUCUCCUGAGGAUCAGGUCUCUGCUGAGUGUUUAAUGUUUUUUCUGAGCUGCUUUUUAAAAACAGACCUUUAUGAGAACCAGGGUCAAAUAUGGAGUCAAAUUAAAACUGAACCAUCUUUAAUUCUGUCCAGACGCCACAAAGAUCACUCUGGCUCCAUCCAAUGCCGACAUAAACCAGGGCGAGAAUGUAACACUACAGUGCCACGCCUCCCACGACCCAACCAUGGACCUUACCUUCACCUGGGCUCUCAACGGCGUCCUACUGGACCUGGAGGACUCAGCUGGGCCAUUUCACCGGGUGGAGGGGGUAAGUGUGAUAUCAGAUUUUGAUUAAAGGCCAUGCAGUGUCUCUGAUUAGCCCCAGACUGACUUUAAACAUGGAUCCCCAUCAUGAAGGAUCUGUGCCCGUUGGUCUCAGCUCUGGUGUGAUCUGAGAAACCAGCUCCUGUGAUGGUCUCUCAGAUCUCCGACUGGGACGUUGUGACUGGGACUGUUUCUUUGUUUCCCCUCAGAAAGAGAAUAUCGGCGACCUGCUGAUUGUGAGCGCUCAGCUGAGUCAGUCGGGGGCAUACACCUGCUCGGCUCAGACUGUGGUGGACAGCGCCGCCGCAUCAGCUAAGCUGGUGGUCAGAGGUGAGGCGCUAACGCAGCAUGAACUGCUAAAGUAGAUUCUAACUGAACGUGUGGACCUGCAGCUCUGCAGUUAAACUCUGAAAUAACAGACCUUAGAUUUCCUGGGUCACUCAGUCACCUGUGUGUGAUGCAUUAGGACCCCCGGGUCCACCAGGAGGUCUGCUGGUGAAGAACGUGGCAGAGACGUCGGUGGAGCUCAGGUGGAGUCGAGGAUACGAUAAUCACAGUCCCAUCGGGAAGUAUGAGGUGAUGGGACGAUCAUCGCUGUCGUCAGAGUGGAAGAGGAUGAGGACAGGUGAGUUAGAUGUGAAUAUGUUGAAGACCCGGGAGAGGAUGUAUAAGACUCCUGAAGUUAAAAAAGAGGAGGGGGAGGUUUCUGAGGCAUUAUUGAUCUGUCUGUGUGAGGAUUGGCUUGGAGCUCUCAGCUGAGGUGUCCUCCUGUGUCUCUCUCACCACUCUCUCUCUCUCUCUCUCUCUCUGUGUCUCUCUCUCUCUCUCUCUCUGUUCGGUCCAUCAGACCCGGUGAACAUUGAAGGAAACGCCGAGUCGGCCCGUGUGAUGGGUCUGAUACCGUGGAUGGAUUAUGAGUUUCAGGUCAUCGCCAGCAACAUCCUGGGCAGUGGAGAGCCCAGCAUGCCGUCACACACCAUCCGUACACAGCAAGCAGGUCGGGGGUCAAAGGGUCAAAUAUUCCCUGACCAGUUCUUCCUGCUGACCCACAUGUUUGUGGCUUUAAUAAUGUGUGUCAUGUUUGUGUGUAUGUGUGUUUCAGCCCCCACUGUGGCCCCCAGUGGACUUGGAGGAGGAGGAGGAGACCGCAGUGAGCUCAUCAUCACCUGGACCGUAAGCGUGGUCCUGACUAACACAGAGUCAACAUGAACUCUCUGAGGUUGUCGUUGCUGAUCUUUAGAGGCUCCAUGUUUGACCUGUGACCUUUUUAUCAGAGUCAGAUGGCCCUGCCGUGUCUCUGUCUCACUCUCUCGUCUGCUGACCCUGCAGCCGAUGGCCCGAGAGUACCAGAAUGGAGAUGGCUUUGGCUACAUCCUGGGGUUCAGGAGGAAGGACUCGAACUCCCCAUGGACGAUUGUUCGUAUUCCUCACGUGGAGUCCUCUCGGCACGUUUACUUCAACGACAGCCUGACGCCGUACAGCCCCUUCGAAGUGAAGAUCAGAGCGUAUAAUCGGCGAGGGGAGGGUCCGUUCAGUCAGAUCGCUGUGGUGCACUCUGCAGAGGAAGGUGAGCACAACAAGAACUUUUCUUAGACAAAAGUUUUUAUAAUCGAUGAAUUCAAAAGUUUACAACAUAAAUAUGGAGAAAUAACAGAUCAACAGGGAGUCUGUGUAGCAGCGUCAGUGUUACUACACACACUACAGGCCAAAAGUGUUUGGAAGCAAGAUCAGACUUGUAGAAAAAAAGAUCAUAUAUAUAAUUUGCAACACAAUAAACAUGACUAUUGUGUAAAGAGUAACUUAUCAGAAGACAUUUUGACUAUAAUUAUUAUGUAUUUGAGUUAUUGUUGCUCAGACUUUGCUUUCCUUAAAGUAACCUCCUCUCGCUUCAUACCAUAUAUAUGAUAUAUACCAGGCAUUCGUUCCACAAGUUUUUUAAGGUAUGUUCCAGGGAUUGCAUUCCAAGCUUUCUUAAGUUUUCUGACCGAUCGAUCCAAUUCAUCCCGCACAAGCUCAAUUUGAUAAAGGUCUGGAGACUGAGGGGGCCAAACCAUCUUUUGAAGAACACCUUCCUCUUCUUUUUUGUCUAGGUAACCCUGACAGAGCUCGGCAGAGUGCUUAGGGUCAUUGUCUUGCUGCAAAACAAACUUAUGAGCCACAAGUCUGAGUCCAAAAGGAACAGCAUGGUGCCGGAGGAUGGAGUGGUACUGUUCCUUCUUCAUGAUACCCUUUACUUCAAACAAAUCUCCUACUCCAUCACCUGCAAAACAUCCCGAUACCAUGGAACUACCACCUCCUUGCUUAAUAUUGGGUGUAACACAUGGUGCUUUCAGACGUUCACCAGUUUGUCUGCAGACAUAGACGCUGCGUUUUGAACCAAACAGUGCAAACUUGUUUCUAGUCAUCAUAAGUCCAAUUUUUGUGAGCUUUUGCCCACUCAUAUCUCUUUUUCUUGUUCUUUUUCAUAAUAUUCCGCUUGAUGUCUCACUAUGGGAUGCACGCCUCGCCUGCAGCCCUCAGAAGCAUUUAUCUCAUUACGCCAAUCCUGAUUGGCUGGUGAAUAAAGCCAACAUAAAUACCUCAUGCGGACGGCACCACCUCAUUCAAACACCUCUUCUCACUCGGAGCAUAUCUCGCGUCCAGGGCUAGCUAGCUAAACUGUCCACAGAUGGAUCUUAUUUAGCUUCUGUCGCCGGGCGCUACUAGUCUUGGAUACUUUCUGCUUUGUUAGUCACACCAGAUCGAAUUUAGUGCUCCCUUUGCUCCUCCACGGCUUGGUCAGCAUUGUUUCUCGGAACACCAUGGCUUUUCAAGCAUCGGGUAUUAGCACACCAGCUAAUUCUGGGCUUUUUCGCUGUUAGCACACCAGCUAACUGUCUCAAUUCCCCGCUGGCACACCAGUUUGCGAGGGAUGGAGGCUACAAUCCCUCACACCAGUUGGCACGGAGACUCCGGUGCCAGACGCUGUAGCUGUGGGAAUAAGAUUUCGAGCAGGGAUCCACACCAGGUCUGCUCGAGCUGCCUGGGGCUGAAACACGCCCGGCGAGCUAUCGACGUCCCCGGCUCGUGUCAGCACUGUGCGGCGUUCACCAUUAAGAGUCUCUGCAGACGGCUAGCCCGCCCGGCUAGCCUGUCUGGACAUGACCCCUAUCUCCCUUCCGACGGCAACGCCGUCAGAGGCGGAGAGGAGAUAGCGGUUGCUGAGGCGGAGAUGCUGGAGGCUAGCACCAGCCGGGGCUCCCAGCUUGACCUAGCCGCGGCUCCCCCGCAAGAGGAAGACGUCCUAGAACUGGACUAUGGGGAAGAUGAAGAUGGCACCUCGGAACUCCUCAUAUCAGAGGAUGAGAAAGAAGACGACAUCUUCAUCACUCCGGCCCGGGCUGCACAGCCCGUGGCCUUCGCCGCCUCUCAGGAUGAAGAGGAGAGAAGAUCUUAUUUAGCUUCUGUCGCCAGGCGCUACGAGUCUUGAAUACUUUGCCAGCUCUCAGGAUGAAGACGAAAGAAGCAUACCAGCUUCUCCUCUUCCAAACUCGGAUAUGCUCGACAUGUGAAACGCGCUGCUGCCUAGUUAGCCAUCCCCUGGCCUGCUAUCAUAGCUGAGACCACCAGAACCCGCUACGAAGGGAAGAAAUUGCCCUUGGCCAAGAGCUCGGCAAAACAACUUCUCCCUGUCUUCCCAGAGCUGCUGGAUGAGGUGGCACGCUCAUGGAGAGACCGCCCUUUCAGCGGCAGGAGCCCGAUUCCCGGUGCCUCAUCCCUCGACUGCGAAGUGAUGGAGAGCCUGGGCCUGCUCCGCAUGCCUCCAUGGAGCCACUCGUUGCAGCACAUCUUCACCCACGGCUGUCAGCAGUGUCCUCCGGGAGCCCUAGCUUGCCAUCGAAGUCCGACCGUUUUAAUUCAGCGCUGACUGAAAAGGCAUACAAAGCGGCACGCUCUCGGCCAGAGCGCUCAAUGUCCUCUCCCUGCUCACCUCAUACCAAGCUGAGUUAUGUGAGGAUUUAAUGCAAUCUCAGGACCCAGCUACAUGGGAGGAGAUACUGGUCAUCACCGACCUGUGUCUCCGUGUCCAACGCUGCGCGGUCCAGGCCACAGGGAGAGCGCUAGGGACCAUGGUUCUGCAGGAACGAGCACGGUGGCUGAGCGUAAGUCCCCAGCUCCCUCUUCACCUGCGCAGCACAAAUCCUUUAUGCAGGCGGGUUCCCAAACUUCACAGUUUAAAACUCCUGAACUGUCAAAAUCCCGGGCCGACUCACCUUCUCUGUUAGGUCGGCCCGGCUGGUCCAAAAAACCUCCUACCUCGGCCACAGCUCUGCCGGCUGAACCCAUGCAAGCUUCCGACGGCCAGGCUAGGAAGAAAAAGAGAGCAGCAUGAAUGCCACUCUCUCAGCAGGUGACGCAGCUGGAAGUUCCCUGUUCUCCAGCUCCACCUGUUUGGCUUUCGAGUGUGCACUUGGAGGCCCCCCACACCCCCAUCUCCCGGCUGCCAUGGUCCAUGUCAGCGGGAGGGACGGACAUCUGAUUGCAGAGGAUUCAAUGGCUGCUGCUGUCUCAUGUCCACAAGCACGCACACACACACACGUUUUCAUAAAGAAAAGAAAAUAUGUAACGCUGCCACAUCCAGGCCGAUUGUCAAGGGCGCAACUAAUAAAGACCAAAACUAUAAACAGCGCGGUGGCGACACCCGCUGUCGGAGGCCGUGCCUUCUCUCUCCCUCAGAUGGGACAGAUUGGCCGCGCUAGCAGCCCCAUCCUGGGUGUUAAGGACGAUUUCGAGGGGAUACAGGCUGCAGUUUGCCUCUGCUCCCCCACGAUUCGCUGGUAUAACACACACCCAGGCUCAGGGAGAGGCAGCUCGCGUUUUACAGGAGGAAAUUUUCUCACUGUUAAACAAAGGAGCAAUUUGUUGCACAUGUUGGCGUGCAAGCUUACACUGUGGAGCUGUGGUCGUCUUCUCUCACUGAGAGCGACGCACAUCCCAGGAGUCCUGAACACGGGCGCGGAUCUGUUGGCCAGGGGCGUGCCAAUAUAUGGGGAGUGGAUUCUACACCCUGAGGUUGUAGGCCCGUUAUGGUUGGGCCACAGUGGAUCUUUUUGCAUCGAGGGAACACACGCAGUGCGCGCUGUUUUACUCCACUCGGCAUAGACGCGCUAGUGCAUGUCUGGCUGCGCGAGCUUCUUUACGCGUUCCCUCCCCUGGCCUUAAUUCCUCCCACUCUGUCCAGAGUGAGAACAGCCAAGCACUUAUUCUGAUAGCUCCACAUUGGCCUGCUAUGCAUUGCCUGGCAGAGAUAUAUCAGUUGCUGUGCACUCAGCCAUGGCAGCUCCCACUGCGCAGGGACCUGUUAUCACAAGGGGGCGGGACAGUCUUUCAUCCGCAUCCAGAACACUUGGCGCUGUGGGCUUGGCCCCUCAGUGGCUCCUGAGGAUGAUGUUGAAGCCCACCCUGGCAUUUUUGCCUAAAGGGGGUGGGCUCAUGUCCCUUAUUGACCUUGUGGCUCUUGCUGCCUCACCAGUGAAGCAGCAGUCACAUGUGUUAUGUCCAGUCCAUGCAGUGUGCAAUAGGACAGAGGGUUUUCCAGGAAGAGCGGUCACCUGGCUGCAUCCUGGGCCUUAUUCUGGGGAGUUUCUGUUCAAUACUGGACGUCCCUGACCCGUGCAUGGCACAAGUGGUCUUGAUGUCCUGAUUGAAACAGAUUAUCCAUCCCUUUGGGUUGGUGGACGCUAGAUAAGCUUGUCUGGCAAUACGGGAGCUACCAUAUACCAUAGUGAGACAUCGAGCGAAAUAUUAUGAAAGAGAACUUAAGGUUAUUUGCAUAACCCCGGUUCUCUGAGUAAUAUGAGUGAGAUGUCUCACCAGACAACCUGUCUUGCUUGGGCGAGUGAGAAGAGGUGCUCUUCUUGAAUGAGGUGGUGCCAUCAGCUUGAGGUAUUUAUGGCAGGUGGGACUACCCAAGGCGGACGGACACGUUCACCAGCCAAUCAGGAUAGGUGUUAUGAGAUAAAUGCUUCUGAGGGCUGCAGGCGAGGCAGUGUUUUUUUGCAGAUACACAACCCUUCAGACCAGCCUUUCUCAAACGCCAUUUCACGGUUGUCAGAGAUAUGGGUUUCGACCUUGUCAUGUUGAUUUCCUCCCUUAUUUUUGGUGCUGUCUUUUGCCGAUCUCUCUUACUGGUGACAACGCUAUGUUUAUCCUCUGCUUUUGUAGUAACUCUCUUUCGUCCAGGUCUUUUUCUAUCAUCAUAACUUCCAGGUUUCUCUAGUCUCUUCAGAGUGUAGUGGACUCCUUUGUUAAACACCUUUAGGCGUUUUGCAAUUUCUCUUUCUGUGUAUCCUUCUUUCCUCAGUGUACAAAUCUGUACUUUUGUUUCUUUACUCAGUUGCUUCUUUCUAGCCAUUUUUGGGGUAGUUUGAAUGCAGUUGAGAUUUAGUAGGAUUUUUGUAUGCAGACUCUCAAAAGCCAAAAAGUUGAAGCAAUUAAUCCAACUGGGAUUUUUUUUUUGCUUUUGCACUGAAGUUGUGACUCUUGCAAAUGUUUUCAACCCUAAAACCAAGCCCUUAUUAUCCUUUGCUGACAUAUAUUUAGCAAUGGUCUAUUAACAUCAAUGUAUAUCUAAAGGUAAAUGGAGAAAAACGGUGCAUUUCCAUGAAACAACAUCUGAUCACAGUGUAAAUACAUCCCAAAAUACAUAAAACUCAUGCUGGAUUUUAGAAGAAGCAUUGUGAACAAAAACUUGAAGUUACUCCCAACUGUUCGGCCUGUAAUGGCCUUGCUUCCAAACUUUUGGCCUGUAGUGUAUCUAUAAAUAUAUAUCUAUAUAUCUAUAUAUAUCUAUAUAUAUAUAUAUUUUUUUUAACUUAAUUUAUGAAUGACAGCUCAGCAACAUCCUGUUUGGGUUUUGUUUACCCCUCAUUUCUCUCAGAACCCACGGUCGGACCCUCCAGCAUCAAUGCCACUGUCCUCACUGCCUUUGAGAUCCAGGUCUCCUGGGAGGCAGUCCACCAGCUCAGCGCCAACGGCAUCCUCAGAGGAUACGAGGUCAGAGGACACAGAAUUGUAGACACACCUUAUAUCACAGUGCCUAAAGCUCAAACUCUCAGGGGGACCAGGACCAGAAACCAAGACCAAAUACUGACAAACAGCUAAGAAAGACUGUAAAUACUCGCAUCUUCAUUCUGUGCGUUUAUGUGUGUGUGUGUGUGUGUGUGUGUGUGUGUGUGUUCAGAUCAGGUACUGGCGGCAGCAUGAGCGAGAGGCAGCAGCAGACCGAGUGAGGACUGCAGGACUCGAGACCUCAGCUCGAGUGCCCGGGCUCAGACCCAGCACUCGGUACCACGUCUCUGUCCUGGCGUACAACAGCGCCGGAACAGGGCCACCAUCACCACGCACCACCGUCACCACCAGGAAACCCCGUACGUCUGGAACACACACUCACUCACUCACACACACACACACACACACACACAGGACUGUAACUUCUGUGAGUCACACAGAGGUCAUCUCUUAGGUGCCCCCCCCCAUCCUUAAUUGUUUGAAUUAAUUAUUAGUUUAUUAUUUUUAACUCAUAGCCUGUUAUUUGUGUUUGUUCCAGCUCCUAACCGUCGUCCGGGUAACGUGUCGUGGAAGACAGAUGGAUCAUGGGUAACGGUGAGGUGGGACCAUGUGAAGGCCAUGCACAACGAGUCAGGGGUGCUGGGGUACAAAGUGAGUGCUGAGUGUCGUACUGUCAGAUGUGUGACGAUCUCCAUCACUGACCAGACUAAAAAAAAACAUUGUUAUUAUUUAUUUAUUUAUUUUCAUCAUCAUUUUUAUUAUUAUUAUGUAUUUUUAUUAUUAUUGUUAUUCUUUAUUUAUUAUUAUUAUUUUUAUUUAUUUAUUUGUUUGUUUAUUUGUUUAUUAAUUAUUAUUAUUAUUAUAAUACAUGAAACACACAUUACAAUUUUUAAAUUAAAUUACAUCCACACAAAAAACACAUAAAUGUGCUUCUGAGGAUCACUUCCUGACUUAAACAAGGGCGUAUGUAUGAUGUAAACCCUUUAGUCGUUGCAGACAAUUACGCUUGGGAACUCAAACUUAGGUUGUCAGGGUGAGAGAGUCGGUUUCAUAAAGGAUGAUAACUUUGUGCAGUGUUUCAUGCUUCCUUUGCAGUUAAUGCCUGAGCUUGUGUUUAAACAGUGAUUUAAAGCCGCUCAAAUACAGACAGAGAAGUCGGCAAACUUCAGAGGGACUGAUUACGUAUCAGUCUGAUUACCUGGGACCCAGUCCUUCAUAAAACAGAACCAAAGAUCAGGAUUAUAAAUUAGAUUACAGCCCAUAAAAAUCAAACAUAAUCCAUGAUGACUCUGCAGUUUGGAUAUCAGUCAGAAUGAAACUAUCUGUGGGUUUUAAAGGUUCUGUCCGUGUGUGUCUGUCAGGUUCUGUACAAACACGAGGGUCAGACGGCGCUGAAGGUUCUGGACAAAGCCAAGACGUCGGUGACUCUUCCUCUGCCAAAGGAUAAUGGGUAUGUGGUUCUGGAGAUCCGGUCGUGGGGCGAAGGCGGAGACGGACCUGCACACGAGAUCAUUGUGUCCCGAGACUCAGGUAAAAACACACCUGUCUGACAGACCGUGAUCGGAUCCCUGAAACCGUCCCCUCUCUGAACCCUCAUGUCUGGUCUAACAGGAUAACUGACAGUACUUUAUCAGCUCAGCUGAAAUUAUCAGAGAAGCUGUUAUCUGUCAGAGGAGGUCCUGGAGGAAGAGACUGGAGCUUAGUCAUCAUCGUAUCUUACAUACGAUGAUGAUUUAUUAUCAUUGGAUUUAUUAAGACGGUCGUAAACCUGUUGUUGUAUCUCCAACUGGGACACGACUGUAAUAGUCCAGUUUGGUUUCAUAUCUGGACAGGUUUGGGCUCUGGUGGUUAUAAAGAUCACAGUCUAACCUGUGGACCUCUGAUGGUCUGUAAUAACUGCAGAGGACUUCAGUGGAUCUAUGUCUUCUUUCCACCGCUCAGCAGUUCAACUCUUUAUUAAUGUUCCUGAUCAGACAUUGGAACCUGACCUCUCUCUCUCUCUUCUCUCUCUCUCUCUCUCUCUCUCUCUCUCUCUCUCUCUCUCUCUCUCUCUCUCUCUCUCUCUCAUCUGACAGGAACAGGUAUGAUGGUGCAGAACAAAGCCCUACCCACACAGACCAGCCUCCUCCUCCUCCUCCUCUCUGGACUGGUCCUCAUGGCUGUGUCGUCAUCAGGCCUGUGAUCUCAGCCAAUCAGUGGACAUUUUUUACUUAGCCUGCAUGAAACUAAAGCUCCUCUGUGUCCCAGCCCGGGUGGGGGGUCAGGGUGGGGUCAUAGUGGGGUCAAGGGUCAGGGUGGAUAUGGUGGGUGGGGGGUUUACAGGGAUGGUUUCUUUCUUUUUAUAAAACAGAGGGGAUGUUUUUUUAAGUGUGUGUGUGUGUGUGUGUGUGUGUGUGUGUGUGUGUGUGUGUGUGUGUGUGUGUGUGUGUGUGUGUGUGUGUGUCAGGUAAGCCAUGCCUUAUGGGGACCAUCACACCUGAGUCUGACCUGUCCCAUACAGGUGAGCUCUGACCUGCAGGUGUAAAUAAUGGGUGUACAUACAGGACAUCCUGACUGGUGACAGGUGUGUGUGUGUGUUUGUGUUUACACUGAGAGCAACAUCACACCUGCAGAUUCUGAGACCAGGAAUUCUGUCAUAGUUCCAGUUUCCCUUCUUUCAGCUCCACUCAGCCUCUGACUGAAACUCUUCAUGUUCACAGUUUUCAUCUCUGAGCUUCAUGAAGGUCUUUCUAGAUGAUCAGCUCCAAGUUUUAAUACCAGCUGAGACUCAGAUCCAGUUCAUACUGAGUCUUCAGUGAAGUGGUGAGUACUAACAGCUACGAUGACGUCCUUAAAACAUCCAAACUUCCAGCUUUUUUCGGGGGAGAGGAAAAGGACUUUACAGGAGAGGGGAAGUAGGCCAGGUGGGCAUGUCUGUGUGCGUCCUCCUGAUUGGACGGCAGAGCCUGAUAUCAGGUUAAAGGUCAGGUCUUGUAAAGUGAUGAUAAGCAAAUAAACUAAACGGCAGCAGCCUGCCCUUGUUUUGCCCUCAGUGUCACAGACAGGAACCUAAAACAGCUCAAGAAGAAAAACCUAAGUGUAAAAAAACAGCUGAUCAUGUGACUCGGCUGUGGGUUAGGGUUAGGGUGGCUCUCAGAGUGAAUUUACAACCCCCCCGAAUGUCUGUGUCUGAGACGCAGGAUCAUGUCACAGGUCCACAUGAAUGUUUACGCUUUAUAUUUUUGCAGUGAGGACAGAGUUCAGGAGUCUGGGGGUUCAGGAGUCUAGAGGGUCGAGGAGUUUUGUGUCUUUGUGUCUCUGUUGGUGUGGAGGCUGCAGUCUAAUCUCAGCCACUCUGACGCUGAUCUGAAGCUCAGAUUAAGGAUUAAGGAUUAGAGUCAUAAAUCAAACUCCUGUCAGCCUCUAUCAGCUCUUAUAUAAAUUGCAUGUCUGCAGGUUUACAGGAAGGCCCUGACCUCUGUCUCAGGUCACAGACACUUCAGUUUCUGUUUUAUUAUUAUCUAUUUUCACAGUUACAUCCUUCAACAGGAACAGAAACUCAGAAAGGCCCUAAAACCUGACCUUGAUCUGAGAAUACAUUGACCCUAAAGAACCAGAACGCAGACAGGGAUAAAAUCCUUGAAACUCCAAGACCAACACUCCUUUGAAAGUUAAACUCUGACUGACCUGAGGCAGAUUAUGGUCUCAGUCAGUGUGUUUGAGUGAAACUGGAUCCUUCACAUGUUCAUGUCACAGGUUUAUUCUUCAUAUUUUUGAUUGUAUUGUACAGUAUUUCAAUCUGUUGAUGGUCUGGACAACCGCUCUGUGUUUUAUACUGUCUUAUUUUGAAGGUGGUCGAAUGAUAGACCACUUGAUUGUAAAAUGAUGUGCUUUUAUUUUGGCGGGGCAUUGUCACAGUUUAACUUGUGCAUCGUAAAAACACAGAAAUGUAGAGUUAGAUUGUGUGAGUGUGAGACAAUAACUUUAAACCACCAAAAGAAAACAUCACCCACUGUAACUUUAAUCAGCUGUUCUCGUUAUAUAGUAGAAAUGAGGUUUUAAUGUUCAGUUUGGACCUGAGGAUGCUAAAACACUCAUGUCAGCUUUUAAGCUUACAGAUUUUAGAUGUUAAACCUGCAUCAUCACUGUCACUGUAAAGGGAUUAUUUUGAAACCUGCCAAACAUUCUCAUCCAAUCAGAGGUAUCGAUCAAUCCUUUAGUUUGUAAAUGAAAAGUCCUCAAAAAAAAAAAUAUUCGGAUUUCUCCAUAUUCACCUUUGUAAAACCAAAACAGAUCAAAGUCAGAGUUUACAUGGAGAACAGACAGAUUCCCCUGUAAAUUUGGACUUUUUCCAGGUCUGAAGUUUCUUCGUUUCUGUUCGUCUGCAUUAAAGAUUCAGUGUUAAAGUGGUCAUCUGACUCUGAAUGAAUGACAUCCUCCUUUCUCUGUAUAAAGUGUUUUUUCUUAAAGCCUUCAGUGUUGAUGCAGAGCUGUGGUUCAUCCUCUGGGGAUCAGGAUGAUGGAUGCUGACUGUAAAUAUGAUUUCAAAUAAACACUGGGGGGAUUGUAUUUCAUUCUGAUCUCAGUGUCUCUUUUCUUUCUCUCAUGUUGAUGCUGAUAAACUUUGAGUUAAGAUGAUGGUGGAGCUCCAACAGUCUGAAGAGUCCAGGUGUGUUUAAACCUGGAGCCCCUUUAGUGUUAGACACCAGAAAUUUUUCCAGAAGACGUUUUCAGUUCUUUGGAACUUCAUGUCAUGGGUCAGGGUUAAACAAAGGAAGAGGACCCAAACAUGCAGACAAAAAAAGGAUUCAUCAAGAAGGAUUAAAUGAAAAGCAAUGAAAAGAGAAAAAUCCAACAAAAAGACACUGGGGAAAAAACACAAGGAGACUAGGGAUUCACACAUGGAGGAUCACAGUGAACUGGCAGACAUACACACACAACACACAAUGAACCAACAAAGAAACAGGGGAAGACAGGGACCAUACAUACACAGGGAAACGAGCAAAAGGUAAAGCGGGUGAGCCA